AUGGCACCUGAUGGAUAUACACGUCUUGUGCGGACUGUUAAUGGGCAAUAUCCUGCCCCAAUAAUUCAAGCAAACUAUGGUGAUAGAAUUCUAGUUAAUGUAAUAAAUUUAUUAGGAGAACCUUCUACAAUCCAUUGGCACGGCAUAUUUCAAACUGGCACAAACUUUUAUGACGGAGUUCCAGGAUUAACACAGUGUCCGAUCCCAAAUCAUGCCAGUUUUCUCUACAAUUUUACCGUUAAUCAAUAUGGAACUUUUUGGUACCAUUCACACUAUUCGAAUCAACUUGCUGAUGGCCUCAAAGGCCCAUUAAUAAUUCACAAUCAUAAAGAUCCAUACCUUAAAAAAUACGAUUAUGAAUACGUGUUAACAUUAUCAGAAUGGUAUCACCUUCCAUCCGAUGAUCUUGUUCCAAUUCUUUUUUCACCUAAUUAUCAGGGAGGUGAUCCUAUUCCUAGUUCUGGCGAAAUUAGUGGCAAAGGACAAUAUAAUUGUGCAUUCGCCUCUAAACAUUCAUGUAACCCGAAUAACGGUGUCGCCAAAUAUAUUGUUAAAAAGG